AUGAAGCUCAACAUUUCGAAUCCCACCACGGGGAUGCAGAAGCUGGUAGAGAUCGACGACGACAAGAAGCUGUACCCGCUCUUCGACAAGCGCAUGGCCAGCGAGGUUUCGGGCGACUCUUUGGGAGAUGAGUUCAAGGGUUACGUCUUUCGUAUUGGUGGUGGCAACGACAAGCAGGGCUUCCCCAUGAAGCAGGGUGUGAUGAGCAACAACCGUGUGCGUCUCCUUUUCAAGAAGGGGAUGUCCUGCUACCGUGAGCGCCGUUCCGGCUGCCGCAAGCGCAAGUCGGUUCGAGGCUGCAUCGUGGGCCCCGACCUGGCUGUGCUGCACCUGGUGCUGGUGAAGAAGGGCGCAGAAGACAUCCCAGGCCUCACUGACGAUCAGAAGCCCCGCCGCCUCGGCCCAAAGCGGGCCUCCAACAUUCGAAAGCUCUUCGGCUUGGAGAAGAAGGACGACGUCAGGCAGUUCGUGGUCCGCCGUGAGAUCAAGGAGGGCAAGAAGAACAAGGCACCUAAGAUUCAGCGCCUCAUUACGCCCCAGCUUCUCCAGAGGAAGCGUUACUUCAAGGCCAUCACCCGAAAGCGCAUGGAGGCCGGAAAGGAGGCCAAGGCCGCCUACGCCCAGCGCCUCAUCGAGUACCACCACGAGCAGAGGGAGGCCCACGCGACCGAGAUGGCCAAGAAGAAGAAGAAGAACGCCUAA